CCCUAAUUCCCUUUGAUAAUAUAUAUAUUUCUCGAAAUCGAAAGCUCUCGACGGCUACACUUAUCUCCUUCACAGAGAUUCUCAUCAGGCAUCUAUCUACCUUCCUUCAUCAUCUCCACUAAGGUUUAAUCUCUCACUUGCUAAAUAAGAAGAAGAAGAAGAUGUCUUCACGUUUUUUCGCCCAGGGUGGUAGUGACAGCGAGGAUGAGAGCGAUAUCGAGCAAGAGAUCCAGGAGGUUCAGAACACGGACAUCAACAACCGUUACCUCCAGGGCGGCAGCGACGACGAUGACGACACGGACACCAAGCGUGUCAUCAAGCCGACCAAGGACAAGCGUUUCGAGGAGAUGACGCACACCGUCGAGCAGAUGAAGAACGCUAUGAAGAUCAACGAUUGGGUCAGCCUCCAGGAGAAUUUCGACAAGGUCAACAAGCAGCUCGAGAAGGUCAUGAGGAUCACGGAGGCUGUCAAGCCUCCUACCUUGUACAUCAAGACGCUCGUUAUGCUUGAGGAUUUCUUGAACGAGGCUCUGGCUAAUAAGGAAGCGAAGAAGAAGAUGAGUCCUAGCAACUCCAAGGCGUUGAACGCGAUGAGGCAGAAGCUGAAGAAGAACAAUAAGCUGUACGAAGAUGAUAUCAACAAGUACAGGGAGGCUCCGGAAGUUGAGGAGGAGAAUGAGCCAGAGGAUGAGGAUGAUGACGAUGAGGAAGGCGAGAGUGAUUUUGAGGACGAUGAUGUUAGCAAAGGGGAUGUGACUGACGAGGAGGUUGAUGAGCCUGUUGAUAACCGAUGGGAGACUAUGCUUAACAAGAAAGAUAAGCAGAUGGAGAAGCUGCUUAGUAAAGAUCCUAAGGAGAUCACCUGGGACUGGGUCAACCAGAAGUUUAAGGAGAUUAUGGCUGCUCGUGGGAGGAAGGGGACUGCUCGUUUUGACUUGGUUGAUCAGCUUACACACUUGACCAAGAUUGCCAAGACUCCUGCUCAGAAGCUCGAGAUCUUGUUCAGCGUUAUCUCAGCUCAGUUCGAUGUGAAUCCAGGUCUCACCGGACAUAUGCCUAUCAAGGUCUGGAAGAAAUGCGUGCUCAACAUGCUCACCAUACUGGACAUUCUCGUGAAGUACACUAACAUCGUUGUGGACGACACAAUCGAACCUGAUGAGAAUGAAACUUCGAAGCCAGCUGAUUAUGAUGGAACUAUCCGUGUCUGGGGGAAUUUGGUUGCGUUCAUUGAGAGGAUCGAUACUGAGUUUUUCAAGAGUUUGCAGUCCAUUGACCCUCACACCCGUGAGUAUGUUGAGAGACUGAGAGAUGAGCCCAUGUUGUUGGCCCUUGCUCAGAACAUCCAGGACUACUUUGAGCGGAUGGGUGAUUACAAAGCUGCUGCUAAGGUAGCCUUGAGACGAGUUGAGUCAGUAUAUUACAAGCCCCAGGAAGUUUAUGAAGCUAUGAGGAAGCUGGCUGAGUUGGUUGAAGAAAAUGAAGAAGCUGAGGAUGCCGAAGAGGAAAGUGGACCUAUUUCUUCAUUCAUUGUUGUUCCUGAGGUUGUUCCCCGUAAGCCUACGUUCCCGGAGAGUGGCCGAGCAAUGAUGGAUACUCUUGUGUCUCUUAUCUACCGAAAUGGAGAUGAGCGGACCAAGGCACGUGCAAUGCUAUGUGAUAUUUAUCACCAUGCCUUAAUGGACAACUUUGGGACUGCUAGAGACUUGUUGCUAAUGAGUCAUCUCCAAGACAACAUUCAGCACAUGGAUAUCUCAACACAGAUUCUCUUCAACAGGACCAUGGCGCAGCUUGGCCUUUGUGCCUUCCGUGUUGGUAUGAUCACUGAAUCCCAUAGCUGCCUCUCCGAACUCUACUCUGGUCAGAGAGUGAGGGAGUUACUUGCCCAAGGCGUUUCUCAAAGUCGAUACCAUGAGAAGACACCCGAACAGGAAAGGAUGGAGAGGAGAAGGCAAAUGCCAUACCACAUGCACAUAAACCUCGAGCUCCUGGAGGCUGUUCACCUCAUCGGUGCCAUGCUACUUGAAGUCCCAAACAUGGCGGCAAACUCGUUUGAAGCCAGACGCAGAGUGAUCAGCAAGAAUUUCCGUCGCCUGCUUGAGAUCAGCGAGAGGCAAGCGUUCAAUGCACCACCCGAAAAUGUACGUGAUCACGUCAUGGCAGCCACCAGAGCCCUGACCAAAGGAGAUUUCCAGACCGCGUUCGAUGUUUUGAACUCUCUUGAUGUCUGGAGAAUGCUCAAGAACCGGGACAGUAUCCUCGACAUGGUGAAAGCUAGGAUCAAGGAAGAGGCUCUAAGGACUUACCUGUUCACAUACUCGAGCUCCUAUGAGUCCCUGAGCCUUGAACAGCUGGCUAAGAUGUUUGACGUCACCGAAGCACAUGUUCACAGCAUUGUGAGUAAGAUGAUGAUCAAUGAAGAGCUUCACGCAAGCUGGGACCAGCCAACACGAUGCAUCGUCUUCCAUGAAGUGCAACACAGCAGAUUACAGUCAUUGGCUUUCCAGCUAACCGAGAAACUAUCGGUUUUGGCAGAGAGUAAUGAAAGGGCAAUGGAAGCAAGGACCGGUGGAGGUGGUCUUGAUCUGAGUUCGAGGAGAAGGGACAACAAUCAGGACUAUGCAGCAGCAUCAGGUGGUGGGAGAUGGCAGGACAACAACAUGAGUUAUGGACAAGGAAGACAAGGUAACAACAGAUCUGGAUAUGGAGGAAGACCAGGACAGCCUAGAGACUGGUCGGGCCAGAACCGAGGAGGAGGAUAUGCAGCAAGAGCUGGGUCGGGAAACAGAGGUGGUGGUAUGCAAAUGGAUGGCUCAACCCGUAUGGUGAGUCUUAACCGUGGUGUUCGAGCUUAACCAAGCUGCGGACAGUGUUGAUCUUGGUCUCUUUUAAGACCUUUUGUUAUGUUUUUAUCUUUUUCUUUUGUCGUCGGUUUAAGUUUGGAUCUUGUCUUUAAUAAGUUUUGCUUCAGAACUUUAAAUUACUUUGUUUCAGAGUUGUUGAACAUUAGUGUUUCUAUUCAAACUCAGUUUUAACU